CUUAAUCACAACUUUGCUAUGACUGAGUCUCCACCACCUCCUCACGAUUUCACUGAUCACAAGCAGCAUAUGCAGUGGCUGGUCGAGCGUGAGAAAUAUGCACAAACAGUUCCCAUGAUACCUCAAGAUUUCUCCAAAGGAUCCCACAGUAAAAGCAUGUCCUCAACUGUUCUACAAAGAGCUUUGAGUAAUCCAUUUGUUCCUAUCGGUAUGGCUGCAACCGUGGGAUGCCUCAUUGGCAUGCUAAGUGCAACUCUGAAACGGAAACCUAAUCAGGCACAGCUUUUCAUGCGUGGCCGCUGUCUUGCUCAAGGUUUCACAGUUGCUGCCUUGGUGUACGGAGCGAUCUAUUUUGGUUGGUUUUCUUUUAAUAAUUUUCUUCUACAUUCAGUAUGCAUUUCUUAUUCGAAGCGGGUGGAUUUUGAUUCUCGUUCAUGA